CCCUCCAAGGGAGUCAUUGUUUUCUUAGUUGAAGUUUUUCAAGUGGGUUAUGGCUCCUCCUCUUCUCCACUGACUCUUAGGAGACGUAAACAUGUCUUCACGCGGCUUAUCGCUGAGGAGCAGGCGUCCAACCGUGUUGCUCUAUCCACGACAGGAGGAUGACAUGUGAUGACCUGAGAAGAUUGUUGGCACUUUCCGCCGUGGUGUUCGCCAUCGGCGCCACCGCCGGCGUCCGAGCGUCGCAACAUUUCGAGAAGAAAGUUUCUAUCAUGCUGCAAGAGGAGGCAGAAACACCAAAGUGCUUCGCAGAGGGCAGGAAGGACUUCACCUGCUUCUGGGAGGAUGAGGAGGAGAGUCCUUCCUCUCUGGACCAGUACUCUUUCACCUACAACUACCAAAAUGAAAAGACCAGGAGAUGUCCUCUGACAGUCCACCGUGCCAACAGCGGCAAGAAGUUCUUGGUCUGCCACCUGAACCGAGCUCAGAUGUUUGUCCAGAUGGACAUUCAAGUUCACCGCCAGACCAGGCUGGUACACAACCGAAGUCUCCUGGUUGAGCUCGUCUUUCUUCUGGACCCUCCAGCCAACUUGACUGUGAGGACCACAGGCCAGCAAGACCAGCUGAACGUGAGCUGGGUGCCUCCGCCCCUCAAGUACAUGGACGACAGCCUGAUGUACGAGGUGUCGUACGCCACGGCAGACAGUCACAUGACGCAGGUGGAGGUGGUCCAAGCCAGCUCUGAGAUGAUCUUAAGGGGUCUACAGCCAGGCACCAAGUACAAGGUGAGGGUUCGUGUCAAGCUGGAUGGAAUCAGCUACAACGGCUACUGGAGUGCGUGGAGCGAGCCCGUGUUGACGGAGACGCCACCUGCAGAACUCAACCUGCUCAUCGUGUUCCUCACGCUCAUCAUGUUCUUCAUCCUAUUGGUGCUCUCUGUCACUGUGCUCGUGUCCAAUCGCAGUUUUCUGAUAAAGAAGAUUUGGCCCACAAUUCCGACUCCAGAUGGCAAAUUUCAAGGCCUUUUCACCGAUUAUGGCGGAGACUUUCAGGAGUGGCUAAAGCAGACAAACGGGGGCUUGUGGUUGACCCCGGCGGUGCUCCACACAGACGACUACCCCGCAUCUCCGGAGGUCCUCUCUGAGCUGAGCCUGGACCCCCCGCCGCUCACGCCGCCCCUACCACCCAAGAGGUCUGCCGAGCUCCUCCCUCCCCAAUGCACCGAGGAGGACAUGCAGAAGGUCCUGGAUGCGGCACUGACAGAGAGCUGGAGAACUACAGCGCCCAACCACUGGGUGAUAGACCACUUGAGGGCGCAGCACCAUCCCCAGUCCCCCAUGCUGGAGUCCCAUGAUGCUUAUGUCACCCUGGCCGGGAACAACCACAGCCAGAACCAGAACGUUCUCCAGGAGGCUUUACCCUCGGAGGUGCUUUUAGCCUUGAAGAAGCUCACUGAUCUAAAGUAGUUUUGGAGGUGGACACCCAUGAGACUCCUGGAGGUGGUGGGUUCUUGUGGAACAUCCACUCCUCCUCCCUUGUCCAAUGUGAGGUCUAAGAAACUGAAGAAUGUUCAUCAAACGAGACAAGAUCAAGUCCUCCGUGAUCAGGUCCAGAUGGUGUGGCUCUGCGGGAGCACCUUAAGAGAUGUGCUGGACAACUCGCUCACAGCUAGCGCAUCCAUGUUCCAUCCUUAGUGUGAAGGGGGCGGAUCCGCGCGGGUUCCACCAGUCCCUAGAAAUUCAGAGUUGUGUUCUCAGGAAACACUAAAGGACAACUCAGGGUUCUGUUCUCACAUGUGCUUCAAAAGGUGACUCCACUUAAGCGUGUCACUACGCACCUUCACCCAAAGCACACAGCGUUACACGUGGCCGUGUUCUACCACAUUCCUACGCGCCUCUGAGGCCGGAAUAAGUCCAGCGCCCCUUUGAGGCGAAACAUGAUACUGCACUGGAAGUUUGGAGGCAGUGUGCACCACACGUAAUAAAAUGAUCGAAUAAUACUUUCAAAUCUAUUCUGAUCGUUUCAAUGAAGGCAGUUUAAAUAAGAAUAAAAGGACCAUAAUGCCACUCUGUAUUAACUAUCAAAAUGCACAUUGUUGUCUUGUGAGUGUGACAAAAGCAGAAGGGCAGAAGGGGUGUUUGAACAUCCUGGUACUAAUUAGGGGUGUUAAAAAAAAUCAUUUUUGAAUGAAUCG